UGGGACCUACAUAAGAAAGCGCAAGUUCUUGUUUGGGACGAGUCUGGCUACCUACCUAGGCUUUGGUUGUCUUCUAGCUCAACUACCACAUCAAUAAGUAGCUCGCGGCUUCUCUUCAUAUUGCUAAGAGAUUAAGCAUCAACAAUCUCCAAAAGUUUCAAUAUGGUUCGCUCAAUACUUAUUGCGGCUCUAGCUGCCACAGCUACGGCUCUUUCAGCUAGUCAUCAUGCGGCCAGGAAUGCAGAGCUGUUCACGAUCGACCUGGGACGCGGCGAGACUCGUAUCGUGACCGAAGAAGAAAAAUGGGCUCUUAAGAAAGCGGGAAAAAACUUCAUCGACAUCACACACCACCCAAAUUUCGCCUCCUCAGCAUCGCCCAAGAGAGCCGUCGCAGCCGUAACCUACCCCUCAGGAAUGGCCCAAGAAGACACCGUCAAAAGCCUCAUCAACAAGCUCGACAAGACGUACAUCCAGGAGCAGCUGACGACCUUCUCCAACUUCUUCACCCGCUUCUACCUGUCGAACGAAGGGAAGCAGGCCUCGGACUGGCUGCUCACCGAAGUCCAGGGCGUGAUCGAAGCGAGCGGAGCCAAGGGCGCGUCCGCGAAGGCGUUCCCGCAUAACUGGAUCCAGAGCAGUAUCAUUGCUACGAUUCCCGGGAAGUCGGCCAACAAGAUCGUCGUGGGGGCUCAUUUGGAUUCGAUUAACCAGAGCAAUCGCACUGGAAGGUCUCCUGGCGCUGAUGACGACGGAUCUGGCUGCGUUGGAAACCUGGAAGCUCUGAGGGUCCUCCUGACCGACCCUAAGAUCGCGGCUGGAGAGGGAGUCAACACACUGGAAUUCCACUGGUAUUCCGGUGAAGAGGGCGGCUUACUCGGCAGUGGUGACAUAUUCGAUGCAUACGCUGCUAACAAGACUGUUGUCAAGGCCAUGCUUCAGCAGGAUAUGACGGGUUUCGGAUCAAACCCUAUGGGCGUCAUAACCGACCGAGUUGACGCAGGCCUCACAACGUACAUGCGCAAAGUCAUCGAUGCCUACACAGAAAUCGGCUACGUAGACACCGAAUGCGGCUACGGGUGCUCGGACCACGCCUCCGCCAUGGCCGCCGGCUACCCGGCCUCCUUCGUGAUCGAGUCCGCGAUGAACAUCACGAACAACGACAUCCACAGCGACCGCGACACCCUCGAUAAGAUCAACUGGGACCACGUCCUCGAGCACUCCAAGAUGGUCGUCGGAUACGCCUACGAGCUGACCUUCGCCGAGUUGUGAGUAAAUGGUUGGAGGCGGUUCGUUCGGGACUUGAUAGCUUGAAAUGAUCUUAUUGAAAUCCUCGAGUCAAGAGGUGGGGUACUGGUUCAGGGGGAAUGGGGGUGACGGAAGGUUAAUACUUGGUGUUUGUGUUACUAAGGUGGUUGAGUA